AUGCAGGUAAUCGAUGGAAGAACGUUCGGCUUCGCUGGAAUGCUCAGGAACCAGAGCUCCGUCCUGCCCACAUUCCUCAUGGUCGGCAUCCCAGGUCUGGAAGACAAAGGACUCUGGCUAGCCAUCCCUUUCUGCACCAUGUAUGCGGCAGCCAUUUUGGGAAACCUGAUCAUCAUUCUUGUCAUUAUUGAAGUUCCCAGCCUCCACAAACCCAUGUACUUCUUCCUCUCCAUGCUGGCUGUGAGUGAACUGGGGGUGUCCCUCUCCACCCUCCCCACUGUGGUGAGCGUCUUCAUAUUUGACGUCAGGGAGAUCGGGAUGGAUGCGUGUUUCACCCAGAUGUUCUUCAUCCACUGCUUCUCCCUCAUGGACUCAGGAGUCCUCUGGGCCAUGGCUUUUGACCGCUUCGUGGCCAUCUACAGCCCCCUCCAAUAUGUCACGAUCCUGACAAGCUCCAGGAUCGCCACGAUAGGUUUGGGGAUUGCUCUGCGGAGUGUCGUCAUUAUGGCCCCCUUACCUAUUCUCCUCAGGGGGCUGCCGUUUUGUGGAGCCAACUUGCUAGCCCAUCCCUACUGCCUGCACCCAAAUUUAAUCCGGCUCCCAUGUGCCGACGUCACAGUGAACAACCGAUACGGUCUAUUUCUUGUUCUCUCUACUUUUGGCCUCGAUUCUCUAAUUAUCCUGUUGUCCUACGUGAUGAUUGUCAAGACGGUCUUGGGCAUGGCCUCAAAAGAAGGGCGCCUCAAGGCCCUGAACACCUGCGUCUCCCACAUCUGUGCGGUGGUGGUCUUUUUUGUCCCCAUGAUUGGUGUAUCCAUGGCACAUCGUUUUGGCAAGCACGCUUCUCCUCUCCUGCACGCCCUCAUGGCCAACGUCUACCUUCUGGUUCCUCCAGUACUGAACCCCGUCAUCUACAGCAUCAAGACCAAAGAGAUCCGGCAUGCCCUCUGCAAAUUUUUCUCUUGA